AUGCUGGCUGCUCCGUUGCGUACUGCUUGCUUCUCGUCGCUGCGUGCUGCUGCGCGCGCCACGCCACGCUCCGUUCCUCGCGUAAGUGCCGCUCGCUCGUUCCAGACGUCGUCCGUGUCGAACGCGAUCAAGACGCUGUACACGGCCGAGCACGAGUGGCUCAAGUACAACGACGAGACGAACGAGGGCGUGCUGGGCAUCACGGACCACGCACAGAACAGCCUGGGUGACGUCGUGUACCUCGAGCUGCCUGCUGUCAAGCUCGAGGUGUCGAAGGGCGACCAGAUCGGCUCGGUGGAGUCCGUCAAGGCCGCCUCCGACAUCUACUCGCCCGUCAGCGGCAUUGUGUCCGAGGUGAACGAGAAGCUGAACGACGAAAUGACGCUCGUGAACAAGAGCCCAGAAAAUGAGGGCUGGUUCGCCAAGCUUCGCCUCACGAACCCGGCGGAAAUCGACGAACUGCUGUCGGAGGAGGCGUACAAGGCCAUUCUCGAGCACUAA